AGGCCCGAACCUAAGGUUCGUCUCUCCAAACCCAGGCUCGGGUCUCACAAAGCCUCUCGAAAAGACCAAACCCACCGUCGAAACUAUGGAACCAAAGCAAGAGAGAGAAAGUAGUGAGUCUGCGUUGUAGAGAGAGAUAGUGUGUCUGAGAGAGAGAGAGAGAGAGAGAGAGAGACAGAUGGGCCAGAUCGUGAAGAGGAAGAAGAAAGGGAGGCCAUCGAAGGCAGAUCUAGCGCGCCGAGCUGUCGAGUCGGCGGCUGCGCCCGAGCCGGAUAUCCGGCGGAGCCUCCGGCGACGAAAUGUGAGGUACAACAUCGACUACGACGAUUACCUGGACGAGGACGACGAUGACGACGAGGAGGACCAGAGCAGGAGGGAGAAGAAGCUCAAGUUAGUGGUGAAGCUGAACCAAGGGAGCGAGUCGCCCAGUCGGGCUCACACGGUGGCGCGUGAUUCGCACGCUUCGGAGGACGAGUGCGAGCGUAAGCCAUUGAAGAAGAGGAGUAUCAGCAAUGGUCGGGAUGAUGACGAUGAUGAACAAGACGAAGAUGAUGACCAGGGUGAUGUCGAGGAUGACGAGGAAAGAGGGAGGAAGGUGGACUUGAAGGAGCUCGAUUCUGCUCCAGGGACGCCAACCGAUCCACGGUCUGGGGUUCCAUUGCCUGACAAGAAGACACUGGAGUUGAUUCUUGAUAAACUUCAGAAGAAAGACACGUAUGGUGUGUAUGCAGAACCGGUUGAUCCCGAGGAGCUUCCCGAUUAUCACGAUGUGAUUGAUCAUCCUAUGGACUUUGCCACGGUGAGGAAGAAGUUGGCAAAUGGAUCGUACUCUACCUUGGAACAAUUUGAGAAUGAUGUUUUCUUAAUUUGCUCAAAUGCAAUCCAAUAUAAUGCGCCGGACACCAUAUACUAUAGACAGGCUCGUUCCAUACAAGAAUUGGCAAUGAAGAAAUUCGAGAGGCUAAGGAUUGAAGUUGACCGGUCUGAGAAAGAGUUGAAGUCGGAGCAGAAAACAAGAUCCAAUUCCUUAAUCAAGAAGCCUGGGAAGAAGCCAUUCUGCCGAACCUCACAGGAGCCUGUUGGCUCUGAUUUCUCCACCGGCGCCACUCUUGCCACCCUUGGAGAUGUACAGAAUGGUUUCAAUACAAACCAAGGUGGUGGUUGUGAGAGGCCCAGUAACACCGAUGUUGUUGUGGAGGGUAAUCCUUCCCUAAUUGAUACUAAUCUUGAGAAGGCAGAAGACUUAUCAUCAGGGAAGGGUCUACUCUCUAAAUUGGGAAGGAAGCAAUUUGUGCACGAUGAUAACCGCCGUGCAACUUAUACCAAUUCCAAUCAGCCGGCAGUUAUAUCAGACUUGAUAUUUACAACCUUUGAGGGUGAACUUAAGCAGUUGAUUGCUGUCGGGCUUCCUGCAGAAUAUUCGUAUGCUAGGAGCUUGGCUCGUUUUGCUGCAACUCUUGGACCUGUUGCCUGGAAAGUUGCCUCUCAGAGAAUUGAGCAGGCAUUACCUGCUGGGUGCAAAUUUGGUCGUGGUUGGGUUGGAGAGUAUGAGCCACUUCAAACUCCUGUACUAAUGCUCAAGAAUUGCCCCCAGAAAGAACCUGGUUCAAGUCCAAAGUUGAUGUCUAAUGCUGAAUUACGAAAAGAUGGAAAAACUAAGACUCGUGUUUCUGCUAAGGAGCUUCCUGUAAUUGGGCCUACUUCGUCUGCAAAACAAUCUUCAUCUGGUCCAGCUGGUGCUCAUACUUCAGCAGGGAAAUUAUAUGUCUCUGGCACUGCUGGAAAUAAACCGAGUACACCUGAUAAUGCCAUUUUCCAGAAGCAAAAUCCACUAUCUAGGAGUCUUUCCAAGCCUGAAAGUAGGGUUAUUAAGCAAUUUGAAUUGAACUCUUUGCCCUCUUCUCAUCAAAAUAAUGCUGAGCUUCUUGCUGAAAAGCAGUUCUCAAGUAAUUCAGGAGUAGAAGAUUCGAGGUCCAAAGAACCGGUAUUGAGAAGCAUAAAUCUUCUGCAGUCUGAACCGUUUAAGCAGCCUGGUAAGGAUGGAAUUGUUACUCGACAACCAAAUGGAAAAAUCACCAACAACGAUUUGAACAGUAAGAUGAGUGGUCCAUCUUCUGAUGCCACACUGAAUCACAUGGCUAGAGGAACGAACUUUCCCCAUGGACAGGAGCAGGGUCUUAGUGACCCAGUUCAAUUGAUGAGAAUUUUGUCAGAAAGGGCCCAGAUGCAACAGAAAUCUUCAAAUCAAUCGUCAGUUGAAACCGCACAAGUCAUGCCCUCAGUUCCAUCUGUAAGGAGAGUUGACUCAGGCAAUGCCGCAGCAGCAGCUGCCCGGGCAUGGAUGUCCAUAGGGGCUGGAGGUUUUAAACAAGCGACAGAAAAUUCCAGCUUCCCCAAAACUCCACUUUCUGCUAGUCCAUCAUACAACCCAACUCGGGAAUUCCGUCCACAAAUUUCCCAAAUGCGGGCAGAGUUUCCUCUCAGGGGGAUGCAAUCUCAGUCUGAGAGGAACUCUUUUCCCAUGGCAUUUGCACCACAACCUGUUCGCAUGGGCAAUGAAGCACAACUCUCAAACCGACCUAUAGUUUUCCCUCAAUUAGCCCCAGCUGACUUGUCUAGGUUUCAGGUGCAGUACCCUUGGCAAAGUCUCAGUCCUCGUACACAACCAAGGCCUAAACAGGAGACACUUCCUCCAGACUUGAAUAUUGGUUUCCAGUCUCCAGGGUCUCCAGCAAGACCAUCUUCUGGUGUUCUUGUUGAUUCCCAGCAGCCAGACCUGGCUUUGCAACUCUGAGUGAGGAUGGGUUUUCUGAGGAAUCAUAUAAAUGGGGAAGAGAGCAGAGGUUAAUCUGGCUCCUGUCUUAACGACAUGGAUUUUAUUUGAUCUCUCAGGCCUUCGUUGAACUGAAUGUGCGAAUGCACCAUUGGUUUGGGUUUGAUCGCCAAUGACUGGGUUUGCUUGUACGGAGAGAAGGAUUUUGCUCAAUUGGAUGUGCUUGCUUGGGAUGGGAUGAUUCCGGCAAAUUUGGGGCAAGAAUUCAGCUACUUGUUUUCUAAAUGAGGAUUACUGACUGGCAGCGGCAGGGUUUAUAUCAUAUCAGGGAGUUAAAAAAAAAAAAAUUGAAAUUUUUGGCAGAUGAAUGAUUAAUUUUAUGAAUAUUUACCAAUUGCUUAGAAAUUGCAAGUCUGACAGCAGAUGCAUAAAAUGUUGAGAUGCCUUGUACAUUUGUUACAGGUGGAUGAGAAAUGGUGGUUCAGUUUCAA